GUUCAUACAGUCAGUUGCAGUGAUUUUUUUUUGUGUUCCACUUCCAUCGUAUCGUCAAGAACUACUAUUUUGAUGAAGUGUCAAACAAUUCGUUCUCGUGCCCCAAAAUAACGAUGUUUAUACCUACGAAAAAAAUACUUUAUAAUUUAAUUAUUAGUUCACCUGUUCUUCGCCAAACGUCCGUAAAAUGCAGGUAACGCCUCCACCAUCGGUCGCUCAGCAGGCAGGUAAGUAAGUACUCCAUGCAAAGAUGUCCUAAAAAUAUCCUUCACAUUGUCUCAAGUUUAUGAGUUUCCGACAGACGCAUUAGAAACGAGGGUUCCACAAACAAUAGCUCCGCUAAGAAACUUACUAGGAAGUGGGCUGCAAAAAAGGAUGCAUUUUUUGUCGGGUCUGCAAAUCUCAUUGUUCGGAGCGGGGGUUGCAGCAUAGGGUGCGGUAAUGAAACUUUUACCUGCUUAUAGACUAGUCGCAUUGCUGGCCUAGAGCGGGAAACAUGUCGAUCCCCAAGGCCGAUAAGUGGAUGAAAGUUGAGUGGAACAGUGGUGGGCAGAGUGUGGUGAACGCGAGGUAUUUGCUGAAGAGCCUGCCUAAUGGUGAGGAGCUGAAGAUUGGGACGGUGGUGACCAUCGGGAAGCAGGAGAAUGGAACUCCGUUGACGGCAACUGUUCUGGCGAGUGCACGUGAACGAGAGCUUCUGGAGAAGCCUCCGGCAGAGGAAGUACAAGAGAACGCCGGCACGAGCGCCCAGAACGAGCAGGAGCAGGGCGAUUAUUCCCCAAGUGCGUCUGAUUGGGAACCUACGGGCGAGUCCAGCUCUGAGGAAUCCGAGGAAGAGGUGGAAGAGAACAAGAAAAUCAAAUUAGAGCGUCCAGCUCGUCAAUAUUCCAACAAGAGUGGUAGAAAAGUCCUCACGCCAACCCACAGGCCCAAAGCUGUCAUCCCCAACGGCAUGCAGCAGCUCGCCCUUCAGAACUCCAUGCGGAAUCGCAAAUCACACGACAUGAGAUACUAUGGCAACACAGCUCCAAAUAAAAAAUACUUGCCGUUUGAUGCUAAAGAAUCUGUGCCCGAACUCAUAACUAGCAUGAAAUCUAUGUUUCAAGAACUAUUUACGAUAUUAAGCAAGAUGAAACCUGAUUUCAACUUAAACGAUAUUACCGAUUUUCAACAGAGUGCUAUCGAAGUUGAAGUACCAGAAAUUAGUCACGAUAAUUCAGAAUAUAUAAAGAACGAGAUGAAUUAUACAAAUGACACACAGGAGGAUGAGAGGAUGGACAGCGAAUAUUCCGAUAGGUCGGAUGAUAACGUGUUGAUCACUAAUAGAUAUGAAACCGUCGAUAAAAAGAACGCGAAACCUGCGAAGAACGAAUGGGUGCCAAUUGGAAGUGGAACAACGCUGAUACACAAAGAUAAAUACAGAAAAGUUAAUUGGAAGUCUUAUACUGUCGCGACCCGGACACUAUUGUUGGCAGCAUUCUCGCGAAGGACGCUGGCAACACAUUCUCUGACGGGGAAGAAAUCACCGGCGUUCACGAACAAGCCGGCGAAAAUGUGCCUCGACCCGAAAAUAGUUUCCGACAUCGUGAUAGAAAUUACAGAUAAAUUUAAAGUCAAGGAUAAUUUAGUCAGGAGCAUUAUAACAACGAAAUGCGCGGACGAAUGUAAGAUGUAUAAAAUGCAAAAGAACAAACACAAUGCAUCCGACAAAAAGAAAAGCAAGAACCAGGAAAAUAUACCACCGGCAGCCAAUAAUACUGCUAAUUAGGUUUUUUAAUAUUGUUUAUUUUAUUAUUGAACUUGAAGGAGCAAUCUGCAUCAAAAAUCUACUUCAUUAUGAUUGGAUUUUUCCCAAUAUUAAUAUAAAAUUCUCGCCUGAGAAUUUUUAAGAUAAGUUGUUACCACUGUGGUGACAACUUACCUACUGAGAAAAAAAUCUAGGCAUUUAUAUUACCUACUUUUGAACACUAACAAAUUUUUGGUGGUAAAAAUUGAGAAAAAUCUCAGUUGUCCCCAGUGGUAACAACUGAAAACAGAUCAGGAUUAAAUUAUCAGUUGUUACCACUGGUACAGUGAUAGGUACCGAAGAUUAAACCAAAGCAGUUUUAGUCUUACGAUGGAAUUGUACAGAUGGGCAGUGUUAUCCCGUGGGAUUAGUGUCCAGAUUAUGUGGUACCUUGGGCGCGAAUGGAUUAAGAUUGUGUAUUUGCAACUUUGCAUAGGCAAAACAUGGCAGUGUCCUUUGUCUAUGUAGUGUACACGGGCCUACCGCGGUAAUCUAUAAUGGAAAAUUAUCUCACAAUUCGAAAAUCGGUAUCUCUUCCUGUCGCUUAAAAUAACGCAGGCGUCUAAAUUUUACGAAGUAGGCAUGAGAUGAAGUUCUAUAUUUUUUAUGCCUACAAUGUAGCAACAAGCAAGACAAUGAAAAUAAUUUAGAUCCACGAAGGACUAGAAAACUAAUUCCAUUUUACGAUGUUCGCGGUAGGCUCAGGACUUAUAUAUAAUAUAAUUUAUAGAAACUACUUCAAAAUAUAGAACACGAAUUGUGUUUUAGAUAUGGACUAAUAAUAAGUGGGUAUGUGGUGGAUAAACGGCAAAGACCAGCGUGGGAAAAUUACAUUUUUUUGAGCUUAAGUUUUCAUACCACAGAUUUUAUUGAUGUAAAUUCAUUGACUUAUAAAUAUAUAUUACUUCGUAAAGACCUUACGGGCGGUAAAAAAAAGUAAGCCAGUAUAUUGGUACACAAGUCGUUUGCACCAAUGAGAGCCAGACGUGCAGUGUAACGCAACUAGGAACAGAAAAAACGUAUACUAAUAUUUACACUCCAUAUAACUCACGACUCGAUAUGAGCACAAAUGUACUGGCCCACUUAGUACCGCCCGUAAGACCCGUCUUUAUGAAUAUGAAGUCAUAUAUAAGUCAGUGUUAACCGCCAAAUAACUAAUAUGUUCCAUAUUCAUUAUUACUUCCUUAGCAUCACCACAGUUAUUUACCAAUUCGAACACGUUACUUCGUUAACGAAGAACAAUCAGUUUUUUAAGGAACAGAAAAAACGUAUACUAAUAUUUACACUCCAUAUAACUCACGACGCGAUAUGAGCACAAAUGUACUGGCCCACUUAGUACCGCCCGUAAGACCCGUCUUUAUGAAUAUGAAGUCAUAUAUAAGUCAGUGUUAACCGCCAAAUAACUAAUAUGUUCCAUAUUCAUUAUUACUUCCUUAGCAUCACCACAGUUAUUUACCAAUUCGAACACGUUACUUCGUUAACGAAGAACAAUCAGUUUUUUAACAUUUUGCUAUAAGGCGAUUCACAACACUGACAACGCGAUUUGCAUAAGGGCACCAUGGCCAGGCCCUCACACUCACAUGCGUGUAUUAUUUUACUUUUAAGUCUGCAACUCAAAGUGGCAAUUAAUCGCCUUAUAAAUUCUAUAUUUAAGUUUUAGCAGCAAGUUGAUCUCAUAAUGAAUUCAGUUAUUGCGUAUUUUAAAAUGAUAUUUUGUAAUGCCGUAAUUUGAUGAAAUUAUUUGAUGUUUAAAAGAAAAACUACAUUGUAUUUCAACUGUUUAUUUUCAAAUAUACCACGUGUGGUAUAUCUUACUUUAUGCCAUUUGCAGAAGGUAUCAAUAGAUUUAAGGUUUUGGGUAUUUCCACAGUUGUUAAAUAACGAAUAAAUGAAUACAUUUUGCAGCAUAAAAC